UAAAGCACAACAUAUAUUAGACACACACACACAUAGAAGAAGAGUAAAAAGAAAGAAAUCUAGAGAGAGAGAGAGAUCUAGAGAGAGAAAGAGAGAAUGCGUAUGAUAUAUGUGUGUGAAGAAGAAGAAAAAGAAGUAGGAAGGAAGAAAGCAUCAGGGGCAUGUCCAUAUUGUGGAGGGACAGUGGAGGCUGUGGAUAUUGAAGGCAAAGGCAAGCUUUUUUGUUUGCCAAUUUGUUUGAGGUUUAAAAUAAAGUAUAUUUGUUCUUUAUGUUCUAGGCGACUUGUUUUGUACCCUUAAAUUAUUCGAUCGAAUCAGUAUUCAAACUUCUAGCUUGGUUCAAACAUAAUUAAUAUUUGAUCGAAUUAGUAUUUAGACUUUUAGCUUUGCACGAUUUUAGUCGUCUAUUAUUUUUCGUGCAUUGUAAAAUAAAUCUAUUUUUCAUUACUCGAACAAUAGAAAUCAGACAUGGUCAAAUUUUGUAACUAAAUAGUAAAAUUAGUUGCUCAUUCUAUUAAAAAAGUAUGUUAAUAUGAGCAAUUUAAUGAUAGUUUAGCGAUUAAA